UAAAGCAACACUACAAUUACAAAAAAGUAUAUUUUAUUGGAAUGCAACUCAUCACUCAAACAUUGUGUACGUAAUUUAGUAGCGCUCAAUUUGCGCACAAGAUUUGAAUAUUUUGUAAAAGUGUUGGUAUUGUUUAACGAAUUCGGCUUAAAUUUAUUUAUUUUUUUUUUAAUUAACAUAUUUUUCAAUAUGAAUGUUGUUUCGGCAUCAAAAUCGACCAUUUUAUCGAGUUUUGAUACAUUAGAACAGAAAGCGGUUUACAAUGAAGCUGGGGAUAGCGCCGUCGAUUUCCAAUUCUAUCAAAAGCCUCUUAUGGUGCAAAUAAAUAAAAAAUCUGGCAUUGAGUUAAUUACCAUCAAGGGACUUCUUAAGCAAGAUAAUUUCAAGUUUAAAAGUGCCAAAGUAAGUACGGAGCUUGGUUAUUCUGUUUGUUGCUCCAAAACGUCAUCGUUCAAAUUUGCUGUUGGCACAUCAAAUGGGCUGGUUAAACUUUAUAAUCUACGGGAGGAUGGGUUUUAUCAUACAUUCAAAUCUGAUUACAAAAAUUGCGUUACAUUCGUGGACUACAAUUGUACUGGAGAUUACAUAGCUGCUGUGAUAGAGAAUAAACAAAUUGACAUAUAUAGUCUUAAAACACAAACUAAAAGUGAGAACUUCACCUUUGACAGCCAUCCCACUGUUGCUCGCUUUCAUCCGAAAAAACGUUCAAUCCUAGCUGCAGCAUCAUUUAAGGGUACAAUUAUAGUUUAUGAUACACAAGUUAAACGCAAAACCAUACAUUGCCUUGAUGCACAUAAGGCUCCAUGUCGGGAUUUAUCCAUUCCCAAAAAUGAUCCUGACACAAUGCUCACAGUUGGAUAUGAUUGCACUAUUAAUAUUUUUGAUUUUCGAUAUAAAAGUCCAUCUUCAUCGGUAGUAUGCUCUCAUCCAUUAUCAACUGUGGCAACAAGUGAUUGCGGUAAAUUUUUCUGUGUUGGCAGUUUAAAAGGUGAAGUUUCUUGUUACGAUAUGCGUAACUUUAAAACCCAUAUUACUUCCAAACUAUUGCAUGAUUCAUCCGUGGAACGUGUUGCAUUUGUACCACCCGGUAAUGAAGUACAUAAUGAUUUCUUUGAGAAAAGUGGUGUAAAUUCAUCUAGUCCUACAGAAAGUAAUGAAAAGUUAAAAGAUAAUAAGUUUGUUAAACAAGAGAAUCCAAAACCAGUUGCAAAACCAAAGCCCAACACAAGUGAUUCAUUUGCUGAUUUUCUGGAAUAUCAAGUCGAUAAUAGUUUGGAUAAAUCGAAAACACCCAGAUCACGCCGUGAUAGUUUUGAUUGGGAAACUCUUGUACGUAGCUCAAACGGAAUGGAAUGUAGCUUACCUGGUGGUAAUAAAUUGCCUUUAAUUGCCAGUAUAUCUACACUAACAGAAGAUGACUCAUCAACUGGUGAAGAUAUAUUAAAAAAAGAUGCAAUUGUUCCUCCUCCUUUGCGUGAAAGAAACAUCGACAAAGUAAAUAUAAUGUCAAAACAAGUGAAACAGCUGAAACAAAUUGAAGAAGAAGAACUACCUGCUCCGUCGACAUCACCAAAAACAGUUAAUAACUCAAACUCAUCCAGCGAUAAGGAAAAUAAUUCACUUGAAGCUUUUGUAUUGGCAAAUGAAUAUCUUUUUAUUGAACCAGAUACAAAAGAAGUUUCAACACAAACUGAGUAUAUAACCGCUGAUCAAUUUGAUCAACCAGCGCAUCCCAUUCAAUUUCAAAUUGAUAAUUUACGCAGUGAAAUGAAUGAACGCUUUAAGGAAUUACUAUGUGAAAGUAAUUGUACUGCUGAUACCAACAAAUGGCAAUAUUAUACUCAAACUUUCAAUCUAUGGAAAGAGCAAAUGAAAGUCACUGAACGUGUUGAUAAUAAUUUAAUUACACUAAUGCAGUCCACACCUUUAGUCAUGGAGCUUAGACGCUUAAAAACCGAAAAUAUUGAACUUCAAGAGCAGUUGCAGGAGGCACUUUCGAAGUUGCGGGAAGCAUCUUCUUCUGCCAAUCUUAAAUAAAUUGUGUUGCUUGUUUUGAUGACUGAUAUUAAUAUAAGGUGUCCUUAAAGUUAAAUUCUAGCCACAGAAUCAAAAUUAUAUAUUUGUAUGCAAAUUGUUUGUAAUUGUUG